GCCGUGUGCGGGAGACGGAGCGGCGUGCGCCUGGCGAGACAAAGGCGGCGGACCGACCGGGGUCAGGCAGCAGAGAGAGAGAGAGAGAGAGAGAGAGAGAAUCACAGUCUUUUUUAAACUAAAAGGUAAACCUGCUAACCUUGGAUUUCAGCUGCGGUCUCACUGACGGUACGCAGAAUGAAGAUCCAGUGACGCCCUCCAGGAAAAUGCUUUGACUCUCCAGACAGAGGAAGAAACAAAACAAAACAACAACAGUGUCCUCUUUUCGUUUUUUAGACGUUUUUCCUCCUACGCCCCCCCCUCUACGUUUAGCGUGCUAGUUAGCUAGCCCGCUAGCUCCUAGCGUUGCACAGCACAGGUCUCCUCCUCCUCCUCCUCCUCCUCCUCCUCCCGGCUGCUUCUCAUCUUUCCCUUCAAGAACUGGGCGACAAAGCGAAGAGAGGAUCUCGUCGACAAAGGCAAGAUAAAGAGAGGGUGAGCUCACUCCCAACACACAGGCACCCGUGAUCUGAUGUGAGAUCCACGGAGAGACUAUGCCUAGCCCUUUAUUCCACCCCGAGAUUAUGGACCACGACGUGGUGAUCAGCAGCCAGCACGGCGGGGUCGGUCUGCCCCGAGAGACGGACCAGGAGUCCCGGGAAGAGGACCACCAAGAGGCGCUGCGCUUCGCCCUGGACCAGCUGUCACUCAUGGCCCUGGAUAAGGUGGACUGUGGGGGCGGUGGUGUUGGUGGUGGCGGGCUGGUCGACACUCUGGAUGGGAACCAGGGUCCCGGCUCUGAAGGCUGCAACGGCGUGGGCGGAGGGGGCUACGUGGAUCUACAGAUGCUGGAGCACCCCAACGGGUCCCGGGACUCGCCGACGUCCUGCUCGCCAUCCCCGGAGUACUACGGCUCAGGCGGGUACCACAUGGCCGGCUCGCACUCCAUGCUCCACGGGGAACAAAGCUCCGUCCUCUGCAGCAGGAAAAGAAGUGUCAACAUGACUGAAUGUGUGCCUGUCCCCAGCUCUGAACAUGUGGCUGAGAUAGUGGGGAGACAAGGUUGUAAGAUCAAGGCCUUACGUGCCAAAACAAAUACCUACAUAAAGACUCCAGUCCGAGGCGAGGAGCCGGUGUUCAUCGUGACGGGACGCAGGGAGGAUGUGGAGAUGGCCAAACGUGAAAUUGUCUCUGCAGCCGAGCAUUUCUCUAUGAUCCGGGCGUCCCGCUGCAAAGCUGGAGCACCUGGAGGGGGGGCUGGGGGAGCAGCAGCAGCAGCAGGAGGAGGAGGAGGAGGAGGUGGAGGAGGAGGUUCUCUUCCUGGACCACCACACUUACCUGGGCAGACCACCAUACAGGUGAGAGUGCCCUACAGAGUAGUUGGUUUAGUCGUUGGACCAAAGGGAGCAACUAUAAAGCGCAUCCAGCAGCAGACUCACACCUACAUCGUGACACCCAGUCGAGAGAAGGACCCAGUGUUCGAGGUGACUGGCAUGCCGGAGAACGUGGACCGAGCGAGAGAGGAGAUCGAGACCCACAUCACCCUGCGAACUGGAACCUUUGUGGACCUGCAGGGAGACAAUGACUUCCACUCCAAUGGCACUGAUGUCAGUCUAGAAGGCCUGGGCUCCCUGAGCGGAGGGCUGGGGGCGUCUCUGUGGUCCAGGGCUACCGGCCACCAUUCUGCCCCCCCUCCUCCUCCACCCUCCCCACCUCCUCCCAUUCCCAUGUCCAUGCACCACUCCUCCAGCCGGAAGAUGUCCUCCUCAGUCGCCUAUCACACGCACAACGGCGGAAUGAGCUCAGACAACUUCAGCGCCACUCGCAAGGCCAACGAAGGAGGUAGUCCCACUAGCCCCUUUAGCACCGGCUCCAGCAGUGCUGGAGGAGGAUUCACUUUCGGGGGCGACUCCACCCCGGGGUUGCCCUCCUCAGAGGAACUGGGCUUUGAGUUCAGUGCUUCCAACAUCUGGGCACCUUUCGUCAACGGUGGAGCGGGCAAUAAGACAGCCGGCUCCUCGCAGCAGCAGCAGCAGCAGCCUCUUCGUCGCAACAGCAGCGGCCUCAGCGGCGGUGCCAUCACUCCACGAUUGUCUCCAACUCUGCCUCAGGACACAGGCGUUGGCCCCCUCGAUCACCCGUUAGCCCGUCGUGCCCAGAGCGACCCCCUCAGCACUCUCUCCUGGCUACAGUCUGGCAGCGCGGGAGGCGGCUCCUUCUCCGGGGCGUCCAGCUCAAGCUCCGGCGGUUCGUCAACGGGUUACUCCUCCUGCUCGGCCUCCUCCCUGCCCGGCGGUUCACCCACUGACUCCGAGGGAGGCGGCAGCGGCGUGGGCCUCAGCUCAGGGAUGCUGAGCCGGCUGAAAAGCAGCUCCGGCCCCGGGGUCGCGGGUCUGGUUGGCGUCAGCCCCGGGAUCAACAGGGACUGCUUUGUGUGUUACGAGAGCGAGGUGACAGCAGCCCUGGUGCCUUGUGGCCACAACCUGUUCUGCAUGGAGUGUGCCGGGCAAAUCUGCCAGUCAGCCGAGCCAGAGUGCCCCGUCUGCCACACCCCCACUACACAGUGCAUCCGCAUCUUCUCGUAAUGCCCUGGCGGGGGGAGGGUUUGGGGGUGGGGGGUAAAUAUGAGCGGGGAGCAGGAAGAAAACUGGAGUUGGGGCGAUGGAAGGAUUCACACUAAUAACCUUCACACACACACACACACGAUGGACCAUAAUAAAUGCAUUAAUAGAGAUGAUGAUACUAUACGGAUGUUGAUUUAUUGCUGAUAACUGUCAAGAUUAAUAAUAACAAUAAUAAUAAUAAUGACAAUGACUUAUUUUCAGAGUGAAGUUAAUUGAAACUGGUCUGCAGACAGUUGGGGCUCAGACAGUCUCUCGGUGGUGAACUUAUGGAAGGAAACUAGUGUCUUAUCUCUCUUCAGGCCUUCAUUUUGACCCGGAGCAGCCCGCACUGCUGGCCGCCGGUCUGUCCCAACAUUUCUUCAUUCUGGCUUCUUCAGAUCUCUGCCUGCUUUCUCUCUCACAGCCUUUCCUUUUGACACUUUUGUACUUAACAGAUAUUUUUCGAUGAAGCUGUCAAUGAGGCCUGCACUUUUCUACUCCUUAUUUUAAUGUUCAUUACAGAACUGUUCCAACAAAUCUCUCUCUCUCUCUCUCUCUCUCGCUCUCUCUCUCUGUGCUCUCACUCAUGCUGUUGUCUGUGACAUGAAGCGGCGGGGUUGCUAUUUUUCUGUAAGCGUAGGACUUUUUUUUAAAGGUCGGCAUGUAGUCGGGCACCUAGCGGAACAAUACACCCAAGGGACCUCUUAAGGAUGAAUUCCUGUUUCUCGUUGCCACACAAAAAUUAGCCAUCAGUAAUACCAAAUGAGCUCUCUCUUAAAUUCUUGAUCAAAUUCAAUAACAUGGCAGGUGACUUUGGACGAGCGUGCCCCACACUGCAAAUGUGGCAGCUGCAUUGAUUCACAUUAACUAUCCCCCAAUAAGUGAGAAACGCACCAUUAGCGAUCCUGUAGGAAUGUGAGGUCAGUUUUCUGUACGUUCGGGCUGCCUGACAAUCCCUUUACAUCUCUCUCUUACUCGUGCGUGUGUAUGUGUGUGCGUGUGUGAGUAAUGCCCACUCAUGCUGUUUGUUACAUCGGCAUCAUCGUGUGUCUUCACCAUGAGAAGGUCUGGUUUCUGUCCUGCUGCCCCUCUCCUUCACUCUCAGUCUUAUAGGGAAGGCGAUGCUCUGGUCCCCCCCCCCCCCCACACACACACACACACACACACUUACACUUGUCUGUUACACUUAGAUCAGCUCAUUUUAGUGUUUUCUACAAGUUUUUUUUUGUUUUGUUUUUUUGACUCUUGACUGUCAAGUGUGUGGCUAACAGACAUAUUUUGAAACUCUAGGAUAAGAUAGGGCUUUUCUGAUGUCACACGUGAAUGUUUUGGUUAAUAAGGUUAAGGAGAGACGGCCACUCCUCCCACACAAAACAAUAACAAGGGGCUCAAUUUAACCUUUUUUCAUGCACUGUAACUCCCGGCCCCUCUAAAAAGGAAAGAAAAAAAAGAAAAAAAGAAACAGCUCUUACUGUUUUUUGUUUUGGUAGUUUUGGUCUUCCACCCCACUCUCACAGCAAAGCUGUAUGGCACUCUCUCAGAUGACACACCGUCAUACCCGUAUACCGCUGUACUCCUGGAUAAACGUAGUGCACUAUAUGGUUAGUCGUUUGAGAUUCGUCCUAUGUUUCCUAGCAUUACUGAGUGACUCUCGACGUGGCGGUUGAAUCCUGUUUAGUGUUUGUGUUUUAAUUCAGUGUGAGUUUGCAGUAACUGCCUCCUAUAGUGUUAAUACAGUUCGUAUGAUUUUUGGGCGACGUUGAUGCGAUGGUACACAGUUGCCAUUAGUGGUCCCCUUUUCUUUUUUCGAUCAUACAUGGAAUCAGCUCAUAGAAUGAGACAAGCCAUGACAACAGAAUUAAAACCACAGCUAAUUCUCAAAGGGCUUCCUCUGACUGCACAGACACACGAUCACAUUUUCAGGCUCCUGCAGUAGGUAGAAUCAACUUAUCCUUUAUGGCAGCUAGUAGCUAGGUCAUCCAGGGCUUCCAGACACUCCUUGUGUUCAAAUCCCAGCAGCUGCAGAAUGUUUUGCUUGUUGUUUUUAAAUUAUUUUCUAAUUGUCCCUACACAGCCAUCACAUGCGGAUCCUGUUAGAGCGUAGUUGUCGCAGUGUGUCCUCCCUGGACGUAGUCGCAGAUUAGGACAAGGUUGUACGGUUUUAAUAUCAAGGAAAAAAGGGUAACUCUACUUGAGUAAAUAAUGGGUGAAUAUGGGCAGUUGCUGCUGUGCUUUGGUGCUCCAGCCAGUUUAAUGUUGAACUUAUUUGCUGUCUGACUGUUUGUUUGCUACUUAGGUGAUGAGGGCAGUAGCUCCACAGAGGAAUCUAAUAAGCCACUGUCCUGGUUGAGCACAGCAGUGCACUGAUUUAUGUGUCCACACAUGUAGGAAAAAAAAAAACCUGCCCCAGGAGCUGAACCCGAUAGUCUUUGUGAAGACUAUCCCAUGGUGCUUUGGUGCAACUCCCUACUGAAACAUGGCGAUGAACAAACCCAGUUGGUAGCGGGGGAGGCCUCUUAUUAGUUCUCUAGCGCACCGCAGACUCUGUUCUCACUCUGGUCGACACAGGCAGCCCAUCCCCUCGCUGGGCUCCGAUGUCAAACGUCGCAUUUUUUUUUUUUCGUCUCGUACUCGCGCAACACUCAGAACAGAUGCAGGGCUGCGAAUGUGUCCGAAUGAACAGAUCAGUCGUGACUGUUGUGAGUCUGUUGAGGCCAAUCUUUUAAAGCCCUUCUUCAAAUGGUCCCAGGUUGACAUGUUUAAAGGAAUAAAAUGUGUUGUGUUUGCCAGAUGGGUCUAAUGUAAAUCCCUGUGUUGCACCGGGAUGUUUCUGGCCAAUGAGAGAAUGUUAGGGUUUAAUGUACAGUAGUUUUAAUUGUUAAAAAGGUACAGAUUUUUUCAGAUUGACUGCUGAGUUUUAUUUUUUUUAGCCAAACUUAUCCCCUCCCCCAUUUCCUUCCUAAAAGGUUUGAAAACAGGGUUUCCUGAGGCAUGCUAGCCAGUGACCUCUGACCUUUUUUGUGAUUAGAGGGGGGGGAUUGCGAAGAGAGCCACGCCAGUAAGGGGUGACAGACACCCCUCAAGCCUGCGCUCUCCUAUUUUUUGCUUUAAUUCUCUUUGUAUGCAGAACCAAAAUGUAAAACGUCAGCAAACUAGGUUUCAGGCCUGACCUGUGUGUGUAUAUACCCGGAAUACAAUCAUUGGGAUCUUGUUUUCAAAAGCAAAAUGACUUAAUUGAAGAUAAGUGUAGUUUCUAAAGAACAUGUAUCAUUAUUUGUAAGUUAACCAUCUGCAUGUCUUCAAGCCACCUGGCAUUAGCUAAUAAUUUUUAAGAUAAAAAAAAAACUUUUUACACAUUUUAUUUUUUACAAUUUAUUUGCUUACCUAAAUAUCCCAGACAAUAAUGUGACCCUUUUUAUUACUUCAAAUUUAUUUUUAUUUUCCAUUUUUUUAUUUUCCUUAUUUCCUGUGUACUACAUAUAGGCAAUUUAUAACAAAAUGAGAAAAUUAUUGAAGAAAUUUUAAAAUUGAAAUAUAUUUUAUUUGAAAGUUUAUGGACCUUUUAACCGUGAGCUGGAAAAAUUGUAUAAUCAUAUAAUUUGAGCUGACUUGACGGUUAUGAGAAAUGUAUCAAGAGUUUUAUUUUUUAUGCUUCUUUAAUAAAGUCUUGUUUUUGGUUUCAUUUUUUUACUGUAAAAUAAGAA